GCGUUCUCAACUUUAGUUCUUUGCGAGUGGCCAACGCGUUCGGUUCGGUUUACAUUUUGUUGCACCAAAGUGCAAGUGGAAGUUGAUGUGAAAGACGAAGAACAACCAGGGGCAGUGUCGGUGUCAGUGGCAACAGCAGCCGCUCUUCUUCUCUGUGUGUGUAUUUGUGCCUUCCGGCCAGUUUUCUAGAUUGUUGCUUAUUUUUUUAUCGUCAAACAAAAAGAGGCAACCCAAUCGAUCAGUCAUUCAGUCAUGGCCAUUUCUAAGAGCCAGCCUUGUUCAUCGUCGUUGGGCAGCUGCAACACCAACCCAAGCAGCAGCAGCAGCAGCAGGAACAGGAACAACAAAGUGUUGGCUUUGCCGUCGUCGUCGUCAAUGCUUUUCGUGUUGUUGGCUGUAAUCUUCAUGCUGGCAACUGGCUUAGCUGAGCCUUACGAGUCCACAACUAUCACUGCGGAGCUAGAAGGUCCCUACACCGAGGUUAUAAAACAGGAUAUAACGAAUUUCCAGUUCAAAACUGCUGCUGAUGACCUCGAGGACGAUAAUUUCGGAUCAUUGAGUGAAGGCGGACUAGAGCAGGACAUACGGGAUGCUGUAAAGAGUGAAGUGGAAUCGGAAAUCGAAGCAGGCGCCUUUGAUUUUGUACUGGCAAGGCGUGAUGAGCAUUCCAUGACUCCCGAUCGCGUUAUUGUUACCCAUAGAGAUGACACGGAUGACGGGAAUGAGGCAGUUGCAAAUUCACGUGAAGCCAAAACAUUGGAAAGCGUUGCUGUAGCCAAGGAGGAAUCGACUGAGAGUCCCGAACCAGCAGCGGAAGCCGAAUCAGAGUCGAAAUUAGAAACUCCCUCGGAUAGUCAGACUGCGGAGAGUCGCCACAGGCCGUUGCCUAAUAUAACCAGCGACCUGGUAUCGGUGAUUUUCAAUGAGGAUCGCGCUAUAACUGAGCAGCCCAUCACUAAAAUAAACUUAUUGGCCUUAGAGCACCAGCACAAGGACUUAGAAUUAAGGGAUACCACGCCCGCUCCUUAUGUCUAUGAUCCGCCAAAGCAUCAGGUGACUAAGAAGCAGGGAGUUGAAGAUCUCCUGCCAAUUGAGCCGCCGGUUGUACCAGAGGCCGAAGACGAUUUUAUCCGGGAAGACCGGAAACUAAAGCCGGAGACAAAUGCAUUAUUGGAGCCAAUCGCAGUCACUCACUUGCCGGAUAUAGAGGAGAAUAUAAAUGUCAAGGAUCCGAAUCCACAACAAGAAACUUCUAGCUCUCCCAAGCCUUUGGUUACGGUGGAAGCAGAAGAGGCCGAUGCAGAGCCAAAGGUGGAGCAGGAGACGGCGGAGACGGAGGCAACAUCAGAAGGAAAAGACAAGGUGCCGGAAAAUGCAGUUGAAAGUGAUAAUAAAAGAGUUGUUCACGCAGAUGAAGACGUCGAAGGGGCUGAAGAAACAACCAUUUCUGUCGAUAGACCCGUAAAAACUACCACGGAGCUGAAUUAUGUUGCCGAAGCAAGCACAGAUGUCGUUUUUGAUAACGAAACUACUACAAAGUUGGUGGAAGCGGAAGAGGAGCCAAUUAAGGUUGAGAGUAUUGAUCGCGCAGACGACAGCACAGGCACCGCCACUCCACUGGUGUCGUAUCCUCCUCACGACGCCGAUCAGACUUUUGAUAGCAAUUUGGCGGAUGAGCGCACUGCCCAUCUCUCGCUAUCCUCCACCAGUCGGUCCACCCUGAUCAUCGCUCUGUGCUCUGGCACAGCUGUCAUAUUCAUCAUUAUCUCGUUGGUUAUAUUUGUGGUAUCGUUUCAACGACAGCAUGGCACACUGGAUAUUGAAAUGCAGGAGCAACGACUUGGCAAGGAUUCGUUGGACGAGGAAGAUGCUCAAUUGAAGCUGCUCGACGUGGAUCUGUCGGCGCCUGCGAUCCUGGUCUCCAUGGGGAAUGAAGAAACCGAUGAAUGUCUUUAAAAAUCGAAACUGAAUCGAACAGAAUGGACUGAACUGCAGCAUAGUGCAUUGUAAAUAUACCUAAACCUUAAAAAUUUUGAGAUAUUCUUUAAAACAAAAGUUGAGAAGACUUGAGCUUCAAUUAGCUCCUCCAAUUGGUUGUUACAUUUCUGGUUUUCAGAAUGGUUAUCAAAUCGAAUGCGAAAUCGAAGCAAACAUUUGCCAUAUUCGUUAAUUUUUAACUACAUCUACUUUUAGUUUUUUCACAAGCAAGUAAACGUAA